AUGUCUAUCAGAGUUCUGGAGCCUGCAUUUCAGGGAGUUGGUCAGAAAGUAGGGAUUGAAAUAUGGAAAAUUGAGAACUCACAACCAGUACUUUUACCAAAUUCUGACCAUGGUAGAUUCUCCUCUGGUGAUUCAUACAUUGUCUUGAAGACUGCUGGCAAGGCAGGUGCAUACACUUACAAUAUACAUUUCUGGUUGGGAAAAGAUGCUAAUCAGGAUGAAGCUGGAGCAGCAGCUGUAAAAGCUGUUGAGCUUGAUUCAGUUCUUGGCAAUCGUGCAAUAGAGGAGGUUUUGGAUCUGAAGUCAAAACACCCGCAGAAGAAGAAAAAGAAAAAGAAGAAGAAGAAGAAGAAGAAGAUGGAGAAGGAAAAAGAAGAAAAAGAAAAGCCUGAACCACGAUUGUACACAUGUAAAGGAAAACGAGUUGUCAGAUUGAAACAGGUCCCUUUUACUCGGUCCUCAUUGAAUCAUGAUGAAAUCUUCAUAUUGGACACUAAAGAUAAAAUCUUUAUGUUUAAUGGGGCCAACACGAAUGUUCAAGAAAGGUUCAAUGCAUUAGAUGUUGUUCAGAUUAUGAAGGAAAGAUAUCAUGAGGGAAACUGCAAUGUUGCAAUUGUUGAUGAGGGAAAGCUACAAUCAGAGGGGCCAUCAGCUGAAUUUUGGGCCUUCUUUGGUGGAUUUGCUCCUAUAGGCGGCAAGAAAGUAGCAAGUGAUGAUGAUAUAAUUCCUGAAAAAACUCCCCCAAAACUUUACUGCAUUGUUAGAGGUCAAUUUCAGGAAAUAGAAGGCCAACUUUCAAAAUCAUCAUUACAUAAUGACAAAUGUUAUCUUUUAUACUGUGGCACCGAUUUGUUCAUUUGGGUUGGUCGAACAACACCAUUGCCAGAUAAAAAAUCUGUCAUGAACGCUGCUGAGGAGUUUAUUCUCAAAGAAAAUCUGCCAAAGUCAACUCCUGUAACCCGCAUGGGUCAAGGUCAUGAGACAAGUUCAUUUAAAUCCAACUUUGUGUCUUGGUCAGCAGCUUCAGCAGCUUCUGUUCCUGAGGAAACUAGAGGAAAAGUAGCAGCUCUGCUGAAGCAACAAGGUGCUUUUGUCAAAGGUCAGACAAAAACGGAUCCUGUAGAGGAGGAUGUUCCACCUUUGCUUGGAGAAAAUGGAAAAAUUGAGGUAUGGCGUAUUGAUGGUGAAGAAAAGACGGAAUUACCCAAGGAGGAUAUUGGAAAAUUUUAUAGUGGAGAUUGCUAUAUUUGUCUUUACUCCUACCAUUCUGAUGAAAAGAAAGAAGAUCACUACCUGUGUUGUUGGAUUGGGAAGGAUAGCAUCCAGGAGGACCAAAAAACGGCUGUUCAACAAACUACUUCAAUGUUCAACUCUAUGAAAUGCAAACCUGUUCAGGGUCGAAUGCAUCAAGGAAAAGAGGCACCACAAUUUGUUGCUAUCUUUCAGCCUAUGGUUGUUCUCAAGGGUGGAUUGAGCUCUGGUUAUAAAAACUACAUUGCAGAGAAAGGACUGCAUGAUGAGACCUACAGUCCAGACACAGCUGCACUCAUUGAAAUAUCAGGAACUUCAGUGCAUAAUAAUAAAGCUCAACAAGUAGAGAGGGUUGCAACAUCUUUAAAUUCCUAUAGCUGCUUUAUCCUACAAUCCAGCACAACAGUUUCUACCUGGUAUGGAAACCAGAGUACACCUGAACAGCAGCAAUUAGCAGCAAAAGUUGUUGAACUUUUGAAGUCUGGAGUGCCUGUAAAAUUCUCUAGAGAAGGAAAAGAGAGCUUAGCUUUCUGGCUUGCACUUGGUGGAAAACAAAGCUACUCAAGUAGCAAAGUAACACAGGAAAUCAUCCGUGAACCUCACUUGUUUGAAGUAAUAAGCAAUAAAGGGAAGUUAGAGAUUGAAGAAGUUCACAAUUUUGAACAAGAUGACUUGUUUCCAGAGGAUGUCUUGAUAUUAGAUACACAUGCUGAGGUCAUCGUUUGGGUUGGUCAUUUAUCACAGUCAAUGGAAAAACAAAACGCUUUUGAAACUGGCGAGAAAUAUGUAGAGUUGGCUGCAUCUAUGGAUUCCUUGUCCCCACAUGUUGUAUUAUACAGAGUAACAGAGGGAAACGAACCUUGCUUCUUCACAACAUAUUUCUCAUGGGAUCCUGCAAAAACUACUGUUCACGGAAACGCAUUCCACAAGAAGGCUGUGCAACUCUUCGGCUCAGGCUGUGUAGCAGAGAGCCAAGAUGUUAAGCCCCCGGGAAAUAAACUUAGUGGGGCGACCCAAAGAGCAUCAGCCAUGGCAGCUUUAACCUCUGCUUUUUCAAAAUCAUCUACUGCUCCUAAAACUCCUCAACAUGGACCACCUCCAAGAAUGCUAGCUCGUGGGUCCCAGAGAGCGGCGGCAAUAGCCGCCUUAUCCAACGUCCUCACUGCUGAAAAGAAGGGACCACCAUCUGACCACCAUUCCCCUCCUCAUAGGCACAGAAAACUUUCAUCAUUAGAAUCUGCCUCUGCCCCUGUCUCUUCCUCUACCUCACCUGUUAAUUUUGACCAAGCUCCAUUCAGGAGUGGAAAUGUAACUCCUGUGAGAAGUGGGAAUGUAACUCCAGUGAGGAGUGAAAAUGUAACUCCAGUGAAGGGUGAAGAAGCCUCUGAUGUUUUUGGCAAUAACGAGGUUGCAGAUGAGACAUCUGAGCCGAAUGCAGAGACCAAUGAAGAGGAACCUUCAAAUAAAGAAACAACAGAUGAGAAUGAAAAUGGUGGUGAAGACAUUCAAAGUACAUAUAGUUAUGAACAACUCAUAGCAAAAUCAACCAACCCUGUUAUUGGGAUUGAUUACAAGAAGAGAGAGAUGUAUCUCUCCCCGGAAGAAUUUGAGGAAAUAUUUAAGAUGUCAAAACAGGCAUUCUAUCAGUUACCAAGAUGGAAGCAAGAUCAGUUUUUUUCAGGACUACCCGAUGAGUUCAUUCUUUUGAUUUGCUUGCUAUGUUUCUCAGUUUGAUUUAUGUUUGAGACCCUUUCACAUUGUUUUGUAUAGAUAUAAUGCAUUCUUAUUUGAAUUAUAAUAUUGAGGUUA